AAAAAAACUCAAAGCAAUGUGGAGAAGGUCAGCUUCUUUCAUCCUCGACCGAACCUCGAAUCCAUCAUCACCUCCCAUGGCCAACAACACCACAACACAAACCCCUUUUCAAAACCCUGACGCCAUCUCCGCCUACUACCAAACCCGAGCGGCGCAUCAUCACGGCGUCAUCACAAGCGAUUGGCUAGCUCAGGCUCAAGCCGCCGUGGAGCAGCCUCCUGACGACGAAGACUCAUCGGUCUCUGAUCACGGGAAUUAUGAGAAGAGUUUUGAUGUGAUUGAUGAGUUUAAUGGAUGGAGAAAGCAGCCGGAUUUGGCGGAAGCUGUUGCGGCUAUUCGAGCUUUGGCUGCUGUUAUACGUGCGAGUGAGGCUACUACUAUGAUGGAGCUUGAGAUUGAGCUUAAGAAGGCGUCAGAUACACUCAAGUCAUGGGACAAGACAUCAAUCUCCUUGACUGCUGGAUGCGAUCUAUUCAUCAGAUACGUAACAAGAACCUCUGCUUUGGAAUACGAAGAUUUCAAUUCAGCUAAGUCUCGCCUCCUCGAACGUGCUGAGAAAUUUGGUGAAAUAUCUUGCAAGGCUCGUAAGAUUAUUGCAAUGCUUAGUCAAGAUUUUAUAUUCGACGGUUGCACCAUAUUGGUUCAUGGACUCUCUAGAGUUGUCCUCGAAGUACUCAAAACCGCUGCACAAAACAACAAACUCUUCCGAGUUCUCUGCACAGAGGGAAGGCCAGACGGAACAGGAGUUUUGUUAUCAAACGAGCUGUCUAAACUCGAUAUCCCUGUGAAGCUGCUUCUUGAUUCAGCUGUGGCGUAUAGCAUGGACGAGGUGGACAUGGUGUUUGUAGGAGCAGAUGGAGUUGUGGAAAGUGGUGGUAUUAUCAACAUGAUGGGGACUUAUCAGAUCGCACUUGUGGCUCACAGCAUGAAUAAACCGGUCUAUGUGGCUGCAGAGAGUUACAAGUUUGCUAGGCUUUAUCCAUUGGACCAAAAGGACAUGGCACCGGCGUUGAGACCAAUAGAGUUUGGUGUGAAGAUUCCAGCGAAGGUGGAAGUAGAGAGGUCGGCUCGUGACUAUACUCCGCCUCAGUACUUGACGCUACUCUUCACUGACCUUGGUGUUCUUUCUCCUUCUGUUGUUAGUGAUGAGCUUAUUCAACUCUAUCUUUGA